UGGCCUUCCUCCAUCUCCCAGCAGUGCCCCCAUCAACAAACAGCUCACGCUCUUUAGAAUUCUCCUCCAUUAUUCAGAAAUCUCAGCUGGUAAAGAGAGGGGAGCCCCACAGCUCUGUGCCUGCUCCCCUCCUCCCCCCACUUGCCUGCCCCCAUUGCUGCUGCUGCUGCUGUUUUUACCAUGUACUAGAUUUUUACACCCCUUUGUUAUUUGGGAAGCACUUGCGGCUAGACUGGGCUCCUCUUUCCCUCUUACCCUGCCUGAAGAACUCUGUGGUGCUCGAAAGCUUCCCUUCUUUUCCAUCGUUGAAAAACAGGCAUCUCCUCUGCAGUUUUGUCUCUCGGAUGCUGGGAAGGGAAGGGCCUGGAGUGGAUGCCCUUCCUCGGAUGCAGACUUCUCACAGCCCUUCACUGUGGGAAAUCUGCCUGCUGCUGUCUUUGGCGCUAAGGGGUAGUGUGGGGAAGAGAGAGACAGACUGAACUUGUUUUCUUAAAUUAUAUGUGUGCCUUUUAGCAUUCUACGCUUCCUUUUCCACCACUUUUGGAUGAAAGGAAACCAAAGCAGCUGCCCCUUUGGCCCUUUCAGAAACUCUUCCCUCCCAACCUCACUUUCUUGGCCGGGGAGACAAUGAAGGGUUUCAAGUGGAGCCUGCCCUGGAUGCUCCUUCUUCACUGGCUGCAGGUGUCAGGAGGUGGCGGCUUCCUCAUCAAGAAUGUCCGUCUGGAAAAGUGCGUUCAUGCCUCCUCCCACGAAGCCGGAAAAAUUGGCCUGGCCGACUGCAAGCCACAUUCCUUGCAUCACCACUGGAGCUGGGAUGCCGCCACCCAGGCCAUCAUCAACUGGAAAACCAGGCAGUGCCUGACAGUUCCCAAAGCACAAGAAUUUGCAUUGGCUCAGCUGGAGGCCUGCGGAGGGGAUGGACAGCACCAAGUCUGGGUGUGCAGCAGGAAGGGCCACCUCACUCUGCAAGGUCAGGGGCUGCACCUCAGCACCAAGCAAGGAGGACACAAGGCGUUCCUGUCCCGAGAGAAGGACAAGUUCAGCAGGUGGAAGACUGCGAUGGAUGAAAUCAUCUGUGCUGUAGACCUGACUGCGGACCCUGGACUCAGCGACCCAGUGGAGGAAUCUGUGGACACCUCGGUGUGGGUCCCUGAAGAUAAAACUAUUACCUUAUCGGAGAUCCACACUCCCUUUAUAGCCACCAGAACCACAUAUGCAGCCAGCAUUUUGGAGGAUGAGCCUAAUAUCACCACCACUCUUCCAAAGAAUGAAGACAUCAUCUUGGAAGCAGGUGAAGAAAGGCAUGCACAUCAUAAGAGACAUCAAAGGAAGGGUGCGGGUUCCAGAUAUUCAGGUAUGAACUGGAAGAUACUGAUGCUUGUCCUGAGUCCGCUGGCCUUUAUCCUGGGGGUGAUCAUACUCUUGCUUAACAUCCAGCACAACAGGAAGAAGAAACAGCAGCUCUCACCUUUGAAGAGCUGCCAGGUGGUUCACGAGGAGAGCCUUCCCUUACCUGGGUCACCCAGCACCAGCCCCAAGACGCAGAUAAUUCCCACGUCCCCCUGUCCUUCAUUGAAGCAUGGCGAGAUCUUGAUCGAAUGGAAGGACGGAACCAUCACCCCGCUCUUUGACAACAUGAGCUAUCAGCUAUGCCAGAUGUGAUCUGAGCCGGCUCUGAAUCUGCUUUCAGAUCAAGGCUUUCUGGCAGGGACCUUCAUACUGUGGUCAGGGCUUGGUUGUACGGCCCUCCCUUAGAAUAACAGUCCUGAUAAGAAAACAGGUAACCUUGAGAUAACUGUUUAUGAUCAACAUUUGGCUUGCAGUUAUGCUGGUAGGCAGAGAGUUUUAAUGUGUCUAAAAUGUACAAGUAGGUGCCCAUGUUGUAGCCUGCAUUAAGAAGUAACCAAGGGCUAGGCUAGGUUAUGCUUGCCAUGCUAAGUUGGAAUAGUCCUCACAGGGGUGGCCCAUUUGCAUGAAAGGUGAGCAGUUAGGACCCCACGAGCAAAGGGGAUUGGGCAAGGAAGAGUCAGGUAUUCUUAAGGACUAGUAACUUGCUUCACUCAUCUCAGAUUUUCAAGGACAAGAUGAGGCUUCUGAAAGCAGCAUGCACUAUUAGCUCCACAGUGAUACAAUGAUAUCCUAAGAAAAGCAAUGGAACGAUUCUACUGUGAACGACUCUGGUUCCUAGUCCCUCUCACUGUGUAUUAAUUAAACUAUGGCACUACUCUUUGCUUGACUCUUCUGGAUGUCACUAAAUCCACGCUGCCACCGUCUGCCUGCGCUCAAAUAUAGUCUGUUAAAAAUGUGGCUCAGAAUAAAAGACUAAAUGUGAAUGGGAUUUUUUUUUUAAAAAAAAUACACACAAUUUCUCAUACCACAUACUGCAGUUUUGUGUCGGUCAUUGUACUGGGGCAGCCGAGGUUUCCCCCUCCCUGACACUAAGCUUCUUCAAGUUACUGCGAACAAAGUGGGGGCUCAGUGAGUUUUCUAA